GUCAGCCUCCUAGAGGCAGCGCUCUGGGAUCAGGAUGAGGAAGCCGUCAAAAAGGCAGAGACUGCCCUGCGCGGCUACAAAAGCAGCUGGAUUUGGGGGAAGAAUCCUCGCAUCGACACGAGCGAGCUGCGUCGGGAGCAGAGUCUCCAAGCGGGGGUCAGCGUGGCGUACCUUACCUCGGACGAAUUCCUUGACACGGCGCUGCAAGCGACUGGCAUGAAAGAUCCGACCUUCCACGACCUGAAGCAGGCCUUCUUCAUGGGAGAGAGGAAAGUUGGUGCAGGCAAGAUUUGCCCGCGA